AUGGCCAUUUUUACGAUCGAUAUCGAUGCUCUUCAACAAGAUCACCCGUGCCUCAUCGAUGCUAUCCGUCGUGGCUACCUCCAAAAUCCAGCGCCACCUGGCACUCCGCUCAAUCUCGAUCACCCAGAUGUCGUGGACCCGUCAGCAAUUCAGUCAAAAGUCAUCCUGCCGCUGCAAAACAAGACGGGAGGUUUCUUCAUAGAGUGCGGAGCGGCUGACGGAGAAAGCAGUUCAAACACCCUCUACAUGGAACGAUACCUCGAUUGGCAAGGCGUUUUGAUUGAAGCUGAUCGGAAAUUUUACGAUCGACUCUUGACUCGGAAGAGGAAAUCAUACGCCCUCCACGUUUGCCUGAGUCUCAAACCCCACCCAACAACCGAUAGGUUUGUUGAAGCAGUUUAUCGCGAAAGGUUAGAGGCUGUUGAGAUGUUGAUGUAG